CCCACCCCAGGGCUGGCUGGGCGUAGCAACGUCGUUGUGCACAAUGAUGCUGCUGCGUUCUCGCCCCUCGCCCUCGUCUCCUCUUUGCCUCGUCACCCCCCCGUCGGGCUCCCCGGGGCGCCAGCAGUGUGUCAGUGUGUUGUCCCAGGAACAGAAAACUCUCGAGCAGCGAGCGAGCGAGCGCCGCCGCCGCCGCCGCAGAUUGGCACCGCCUGGCGCCGAGUUUUCGAUUCUUUGGGGCGGCUUGAUGUACCGGUUGCCUCGUUACCGGCUCACUAUCGAUAUCUUUUGCCGCAGAUGAAGCGGCAACAAGUGGCAACAAGGGGGGCCAGAACCCGCUCUGACUGGCUGGACGCGAGCGACAUGACCGGCAAGAAGUCUAUAGCCGUCUCGAGCUCAGGGUGGCUAGGAACAUCGGAGCGGGCCCCCUCUCGGUAGACGCUCUCAACCUGCGGCGAUUGUGGGCUCUGCUCUGCUGUGACCACGCCGCAUGCCCAGCCCGCCCCUGCAGCAGCCGAGAGGAGGAGCAGGAGCCUACAGCUGCCUGUACGUUACGGUUUGAGACGGGCGACUCAUGUGUGUUUUGCCAAGCAGCCCCACCCCACCACCCCACCCCCUCAAACAGGCCGCAGCGCAAGUGAACAGACAAUCAAGGCCCUGGCACAUGCACCCGGUUAUUGCUCGAGCGGGGCUCUAGAUCUUUGCGCGCCCGGGCAGUGUCGGAGCAAGUCGCGACCCGAGCGCAUGUGCCGUGGGGUCCGGUGUGCCAGGGCAGGGGGCGGAGGCAGCGAUGGGCGUUCCGCCACUGAUGGGAUCAAGGGAGGCGCAGAGCUGCUGCGGCUGCAGCCUUCGCUCUCGCUCGCUCGGAGGGCGUCCAGCAGUGGUUGUUGCAGGUGUGAGAGACUGUGAGAGCCUUCUGGCAUCGAUACUGGAAACCGACGACCCGACCCCCCUCGACAAGGUAUAAGAAGAGGCCCUCUGGACACUUCUUGUCUCUUCACCAAGCCUCCUCUCGAGCAUCUCUACACUACUACUACUCCAACCCAACCAACCCAACCCACCCACAACAAUGUCCAACGAGCAGAUCCCCAAGGUCCAGCUUGCCGCCGUCUCCGACGACGCUUCUGGCUUCACCAUCAAGGAGAUCCCCGUUGUCCAGCCCGACCAGCUCGAGCCCGGACGCGCUCUCGUCAAGAUCCUCUACUCGGGUGUCUGCCACACUGACCUCCACGUCAUCAAGGAGGACUGGCCCGCCAAGCCCGAGCGCCCCUGCAUCGCCGGCCACGAGGGCUCGGGUAUCAUUGUCGCCAUCAACGACCCCACCUCCAAGCUCAAGAUCGGAGACCGCGUCGGUGUCAAGUGGAUCGCCCACUCGUGCAACCAGUGCGACUACUGCCUUGCCGGCAACGAGCCCCUCUGCGCCGAGGCCAAGUGCUCGGGCAUCAACGCCCAGGGCUCGUUCCAGCAGUACUGCCCCGCCUACACCUCGCAGCUCACCAUCAUCCCCGACAACCUCGACAUGGCUGAGGCUGCCCCCAUCCUCUGCGCCGGUGUGACCGUCUACAAGGCCCUCAAGCGCUCGGGUGCCCGCGCCGGCCAGUGGGUCGCCAUCCCCGGUGCCGGUGGUGGUCUCGGCUCGGUCGCCAUCCAGUACGCCAAGUACAUGGGUCUCUCGUCGAUCGCCAUCGACUCGGGUGCCGAGAAGAAGGCCCUCACCGCCAAGCUCGGCGCCUCGGCCUGGGUCGACUUCAAGGAGCACCCCGGAGACGCCAUCAUUGCCGCCGUCAAGGCCGCCACCCCCGACGGACUCGGCCCCCACGCCGCCGUCAUUGCCUCGCCCAAGCCUGAGGCUUACCUCACCGCCAUGGAGUACAUCCGCCCCUUCGGCACUGUCGUCGCUGUCGGUCUCCCCCCCGCCGGUGCCUACGUCAAGGCCGACGUCUUCUUCACCGUCCUCCACAACAAGACCCUCACCUCGUCGUACGUCGGCAACCGCCUCGACUGCAACGAGGCUCUUGCCAUUGCCGCCGCCGGCCACGUCAAGACCCCCAUCAAGGUCGUUCCCUUCAAGGCCCUCGACUCGGUCUACGAGGAGAUGGCCAAGGGCACCAUCAUCGGCCGUGCCGUCCUCGACCUCUUCGCCUAAGCGAUUUAGGCCACAGAGCGAGCAUUCCAAGCGACAGCACGAUUGCAUCCAUCAGCUGCGCUACGAACGCUGCAUGGUGAUAUCAUUACUUGGGCUUUUUCUACGGGUUGUUUGAUGACGGGGUAGUAGUUGUUUCAGGAGAUAAGCAGUAAAUCAAAAGGGAUGCAGAAGUAGUUUCUAUG